CCGUCUGUCGUGCAGCGUUCAGUGCUCACCGGGAGAGUUGGAGAAGUGGAUACCCCGCCUGUUUAGCUGCACCACAUCACCACAGCAUGUCUGAAAAUAAGACGGGUCUCGUCUAUUUGAUAACCGGAGGUGCCGGAUUCCUCGGCAGACACCUACUGAGUACCUUGCUGGAGAAGGAGGACAAACUGGUGGAGGUCCGUGUGUUUGACAAACAUUUGGACUUAAGUUUAAAUGAACUCAGCACAGAGCGGACAAAGGUGGUGGUCAUCAAGGGUGACAUCACAGACUACGGCAGCGUGUUGAAGGCCUCACACGGGGCCGAUGUUGUCAUCCAUACAGCCAGCUUGGUGGACGUUUGGCACAGAAUUCCAGAGACCCUCAUCUAUUCUGUUAACGUCACAGGAACAGAGAAUGUGAUCAAUGCCUGUGUGGAGUGUGGCAUCCAGGCCCUGGUCUACACCAGCAGCAUGGAAGUAAUUGGUCCCAACAUCCACGGAGACCCCUUUAUCAGGGGCAAUGAAGAUACACCAUACAACGUGAAACACACUAUGGCCUAUCCUAAGAGCAAGGCAAAGGCAGAGAAAAUUGUGCUUGAAGCCAAUGGCACAGAGGUGAAGGGUGGAAAGUGUCUAUAUACGUGCUCUCUGAGGCCAACGGGAAUCUAUGGUGAGGGGCACGAGCUAAUUAAGGAUUUCUACAAGCAGGGUGUACAAAGGGGAGGAUUGAUCAUCGGGGGUGUCCCAGAAAACUCUGAACAUGGACGGGUAUAUGCAGGUAACGUGGCCUGGAUGCAUUUACUUGCAGCCCGAGCCUUGUUAGAGCGCCCACAGACAGUGGGAGGUGAAGCUUUCUUUUGCUAUGAUGAUUCACCAUACAAGAGCUAUGAGGACUUCAACAUGCUGUUCCUCUCCACGUUUAACUUCCGAAGGAUCCGUAUGCCCACAAUGUUCAUCUGGUUUCUGGCCAUGUUUAAUGACCUGCUCCGCUGGAUACUAAGCCCUGUGUACAACUUCACGCCAUUGCUGAACUGUUACACUUUAGCUGUGGCUUGUACCUCCUUCACCGUCAGCACAGACAAAGCCCAGCGUCACUUUCAGUACAGGCCUCUGUACAACUGGGAACAGUGUCAAGCCCGCACACAGACAUGGGUCAAUACAUUCCCUUUGGAUGACUCCAAAGACUCUUAAUGUGACCUCAUCUACUGCAACACGCACCAGUAGCUGCUGGACUUGCAGUACUCCAGAUACACACAUGAAGAGUAACCUGCUAUUAGGUGACUAUAUAAAGCACAAGCAUUAAUUUUUUACGUUAUAUUUGUGUAAUUUGCAAGUCUAGUGCUCAUAGCAUAGUUGUGAUGCACAUACAUUAACGACCUUGGUAAACAAUAUAUGAUUUAUGAUUAAGCGAGGGAUACAAUAUAGUCUACAGGCAUUUACUACACACAUAUAGAUUUUAUUUUGUAUUUUAUUAAUAUAUAUAUAUAACU